AUAUAGCCAAAAGCCACUGCAAAACCUACAAAACACGACCCUUAGUUGCUAGUUCUCAUCAGCUUCUCUCUCUUUCUCGGGAAACAAACGAAAAGAAGAAAAAAACUCCUCUUCUAGUAAAGUAAGCUUAGCCUUGAUACUGUUACAGAAAGGAUAAAGAAGAAAUGGGAAGAGCACCAUGCUGUGAGAAAGUGGGAUUAAAGAAAGGGAGAUGGACGGCUGAAGAAGAUGAAAUCUUGACAAAAUACAUUCUAGCCAAUGGAGAAGGUUCAUGGAGAUCACUACCCAAGAAUGCAGGGUUGCUAAGGUGUGGUAAAAGCUGCAGACUAAGAUGGAUUAAUUACUUAAGAGCUGAUUUGAAGAGAGGAAACAUCACCAAAGAAGAGGAAGAAACCAUUGUUAAGUUGCACACAGCUUUGGGUAACAGAUGGUCUUUGAUCGCUGCCCAUUUGCCAGGAAGAACCGACAACGAGAUAAAGAAUUACUGGAACUCUCAUUUAAGCAGAAAAAUUUACAGCUUUUCCAAGCAUGGUUCCCUACCCACCGCCGGCACCACCACCGUCUCCAUAAACAUUGCCAAAAUAGCUGGACCACGCAAGUCUAGAUCAGCAACCAGAAAAAGACACAAAGAAAACACAUCAAUAUCAGUAUCCACCACGCCUAAAACUGAAACGCUGACUGAAGCAGUAGUGCCUGAAGGUUCUGAACCACCACCAUCUUCUAAUGAUAACUCUACAGGAUCAUUUGACCAUGGAAGCCAAAUAAUGGGUUUGGUCCCAGAGAGCUCCACCAGCGAGCUAAAGGGUUCUUCCUCGUGCAUAGAUAACGGUGAGAAAUUAAAUGCAGUAGCAGAAUCAGAGAGUUGGGGACCAUAUGAAUGGCUAGACAGUGAAAUAAAUCGCCUUAAAUAUGUUCUGGAAUGUGAACCUGUGAAUCCAAGUGGGGAUUUCGAUACUAUUGAUGAUAAAGAGAGAGAAGAAAAGAAGGUUGAUGAAUUAGGGAGAGGAGAUGGAGAAGUGAUGGGUCCAGAAACAGUGGCUGCAGCAAAUGAAAGCUGCAGUAGUAAUGGUUGGAGCCCAAACGCAGAAGGUGGGGAAUUGUAUAAUUCUGGAUCAUCAAUAUCAUUUGAUGAAGAUUGGUACGAUCUGAGCUUUGAUUGGGACAGUACAGGAUCCAUAGAUGACAGUGCAAUAAUAAAGGAACUAUGGGACGAAGGUGACAAAUUCAUGUCAUGGUUACGGGGCUAAUGACAGUGGAUAGUUUUUUUUUUUUUUUUUUUUUUUCCUCUGAAGUGAAUUUAUAUGUAUCUGUUUUGUAAUUUAGCGAUUUGGGAAUUUUGAAUUGAUGAAUUUGUUGGCAGUAGGAUUGUUCAAUCUUUAGAAAUUUGUAGUUAUCUUGUCAUUUUGAUUCUUAUGAUAUAGUCUGCUGAGGUGUUCCUGUUU